GGGGUUGUAUGGCUAGUCCGCUGAAGGGUCUCAGACGCUCUUCGCACCCAUAUGACGAAAGAGCGAGAACCACCGGGACCCAAUGCAAGAUGGGCUCGCCUAAAAACGGCGUGACCAAAUAUCGUUGAAUCAUUUCCACCUCCAGCACCUCCUGAAGGCACUCGGACCCUUAGAGCCUUUUUAACCUUUCUCAAGGAAAAUGACAAUUUCGCGGUCCAGCAAACAGUGACCCCCGUUUCAGGUACCUCAAGCGUCCGUAGUUCGCAGCUUUGCCAUGUCUGGUGCAAUCAGGAUUAAAGUCCGCUGGGCGGUUUCAGGUUGCAGCCUGAUUGACAUUCAGGCGCAAGGCGGUGACACUGUGCGACAGCUUGAGCAGAAAGUCAUUCCCAGAGUAGGUGCUGGGAAUACGGUGAAGCUGCUGUUUGAAGGUCGUGUCCUCGCACCGCAGGAGCGGUUGCUUGCUGCUGGCUUGCGGAAUGACUCAAUACUGGAUGUCAUUUGCAGACAGAGCCAGGUCUUCACAGCUUCCACCGACACAUCCAUCAAGAUGUGGGGAACAAGUCAAGGUGAAUGCCAGGGGACUCUUCUAGGGCAUGGCGGUGCCGUGACGUGCCUAGCUUUGUCAGCUGACAAUCAACGACUUGUCUCUGGGUCAGAAGACUGCACUGCGCGGAUUUGGGAUCUUGAGUCCUUGCAAUGCACCAGCAUCUUGGCUGAACACUUUGAUGCAAUCCAUGAUGUUGCCUUUUCCCCCGAUCAGAAGUUGGUAGUGACUGGAGGGGCAGACCGUGUGGCAAUUCUUUGGAGUGCAGACGGCCAACCACAAGUCGCCUUGGAGGGGCACAUCGGAGCCAUCCAGGCGGUUGCUUUUUCGCCAGCAGGUGCCACCAUUCUGACCGCCUCGCUAGAUUGCAGUGUUCGCUACUGGAGCACUCGCACAGGGGUUUGUGUGAUGGCAGUACAUGCUCACGAGCGGGGUGUUUACUCAGGUUCCUUUUCAUCAGACGGGACACUGGUGCUGACAAGCUCUGCAGACGGCUCUUUACGCGUGUGGAAAGCUGGGGUUGAAAAACCGCGGACAAUUGCAGCACACUCCGGUUGUGUGUAUGCAGUGGCCUUCUCGCCGAACGGCAGGCAAGCUAUCUCAUGUGGCUGGGACAGACAAGCAAAAAUUUGGGACCUGGUCAGCGGCCGCUGCCUUCAAGUCUUGCGCGACACAGGGGCAAUUUACUCUGCUUGCUUCUCGCAAGAUGGAACAACGGUGCUGACAGCCGGCAAGGACUGCUCACCCAAAAUUUGGUCAGUUUCUUCAGGCGAGCUCUUGUUGACGCUCCGGGGCCAUGAUGGUCCUGUGAUGCGUGCGGCUUUCACGAAUGCAUGAGAUCUCAAUGAGUUGUAGGUUAAUCUUGAUCCAAUCUGUUGUUUUAUUGUCGG